CCUGCUGCUCCUCCCCCUCCGCUAGUUCGGUCCUGACGUUCAUUUCAUUCCUCUCGUCAUUCCGAUCAUUCCUCACAUCGCUCGCGCCCCGUCCUCUCACCCUGAGCCGCCCCUCCCCCCGGGUCCCCCCGAGUCUGCCGAGCGCCCCCCGCUCCCCCCCAGGAACAAGAGCAGAGACUGAGGGACAAGUCGCUCGUCACACGGGGGCUCCGCUUGUUGGGCCGUUCCUGCCGCCGCUGCAUCUUUACAAGUUCAAGUGGAACAUUCUCCGGAGUCGACACAAUCGCUGGGUGCAGAAAAGGACCCCGGGCGGAUUUCAUCCUGCAAACUUCCCUCUCGGUUUCUCUUUGUGCAGACUCCAGGCCUCGGCUUGGAUUUCCCAACCACAAUCAUGGAGCCGAGCAGUUGGAGCGGCAGCGAUAGUCCUGGCGAUGACAUUGAGAGGAUGAGCGAUUCGGCAGAUAAACCCAUGGACAAUGACGCUGAGGGGGUCUGGAGCCCGGACAUUGAGCAGAGCUUUCAGGAGGCCCUGGCCAUCUAUCCCCCCUGCGGUCGGAGGAAAAUUAUCUUGUCUGAUGAAGGCAAAAUGUAUGGUAGGAAUGAAUUGAUAGCCCGAUACAUCAAAUUAAGGACAGGGAAAACGCGGACCAGGAAACAGGUGUCUAGUCACAUACAGGUGUUAGCAAGAAAGAAAGUUCGAGAAAUCCAAGCGGCCAUUAAGGUGUCUAGUCACAUUCAGGUUCUUGCCAGAAGGAAAUCUCGUGAUUUUCAUUCCAAGCUAAAGGUGACAAACAUGGAUCAGACGUCAAAGGACAAAGCACUGCAACACAUGGCAGCCAUGUCGUCUGCUCAGAUCGUGUCGGCUACUGCAAUUCACAACAAGCUGGGCCUGCCCGGAAUCCCCCGCUCUGCCUUCCCUGCUGCUCCCGGGUACUGGCCAGGAAUGAUCCAGACGGGCCAACCUGGCUCUUCCCAAGAUGUGAAGCCAUUUGCUCAGCAAGUCUAUCCCAUUCAACCAAGCGCCGCCCCACCAAUUCCAGGGUUUGAACCUGCCGCUCCCCCACCAUCCUCUGUUCCAGCAUGGCAAGGUCGCUCCAUUGGCACAACCAAACUGCGGCUGGUGGAAUUCUCAGCGUUUUUAGAACAGCAGCGGGACCCCGAUGCAUACAACAAACACCUCUUUGUGCACAUUGGACAAGCAAAUCAUUCUUACAGUGAUCCACUGCUUGAAGCCGUAGACAUUCGCCAAAUCUACGACAAAUUUCCAGAGAAGAAGGGAGGACUGAAGGAACUGUUCGGGAAGGGACCCCAAAAUGCAUUUUUCUUGGUUAAGUUCUGGGCGGAUUUAAAUUGCAAUAUCCAGGAUGACACUGGGGUGUUUUAUGGCGUCACGAGUCAAUACGAGAGUUCAGAAAACAUGACGAUAACCUGUUCUACUAAAGUCUGCUCGUUCGGGAAACAAGUUGUGGAGAAAGUAGAGACAGAAUACGCAAGGUUUGAGAAUGGACGAUUUGUAUAUAGGAUAAACCGCUCUCCGAUGUGUGAAUAUAUGAUAAAUUUUAUCCACAAGCUAAAGCACUUACCAGAGAAAUACAUGAUGAACAGCGUGUUGGAAAACUUCACUAUUUUAUUGGUCGUCACGAACAGAGACACACAAGAGACUCUGCUCUGCAUGGCGUGUGUAUUCGAGGUCUCAAACAGCGAACACGGCGCACAGCAUCACAUCUACAGGCUGGUUAAAGAUUGAGCGACCCCCCCACUGUCGCCCCCUACACACGUAAACACUACAAAAACCUUCACAUCGGAAAACAGACUCAACCUCACACAAGUGGCAGUGCCUCUGUCUCACCCAGCAAGUCUUUUUGAAAAAAUAAUCUGUUUAGAACGUUACGGUUGUAAAGAUUUUUUUUAUUUCUUUAGGAUAAAACACAAAAACAAAUGUAAUGAUUUGAGGAGUUGACACACUGCUGAGCCUUGCAGAGCAAACGCGUUUCACAGCGACGCUACAUCGUGCAGAAUCCUACUCUAAGUAGACUUUGCACCGGUGGACGGAGAGCGAGAAAGAGAGGGGGGAAAAAAUCCGUUUCGUUUGAAAAAAAUUCAGCCUUUUUAAACUUUUCACUUAAAAAUAUUGCUUGGACAAUUCAAGCACGAAACGCUAAAAGAGAAAUGGUGUGAAUGUAAGAAAUGUUUCUUUUUAACUACCUGAGGGAGAUGCACACGGAUUGUAAUUCUCUAAAUUAUUUUAAAAAGAGGAAAAAAAAAAGUUAAAUAUAUUCUUUGGAUUCUUAGGUGGGUUUUUUUUUUUUUUCUUCGUUGAGUUAAUCUAGCCCUGAUCACUGUUAUAAACAGUUACCGCAGCCAAACCAGCCCUUGAGCGGCACGUUCUCUAUCAAACUGUCCUUUACUAGCGCAGAGAUCUUUAUUUUCUUUGCAAUAAAUCACGUUUUGUUUUGCUUAAUAUUUUACCUUUUUUUUUUUUUCUUUUUUUUU